AUGUCCGACAUGUUCACGAUGGUAAAUGAUUCCAGCAAAAGAAAUCAGGACUCAUCCUGUUCCUUAUCGUCUUUGGAAGAAGACAAUCUUGUUACUUAUGGAGUUAUCUACGAAUGUAAUGAUUACGCUGUUAGUGUAGGUGGCUUCGAAUGGUCUGCUCCAGUUGUACAGUGUGAUGCACCAGAAGCUGCUUCUGCUCUUGCUCUUGUCAUUCUUUUUUGUCUGGAGUCACCCGGAUUGUCUGGCGCUUAUGUAGAAAACAUAUCUAUAAUUUUCCCACUUUUCCCUGAACUCUAUUUCUCAGCGAAUCCAGAAACAAAUGUCGACAAUUAA